AUGGAAGAUUCCUCCCCAACCUUCGUUUUGUGGACGACAUCGUUCUUUUGCUCUCGCCUAGCCUACUGCGAAGACGGAGGAGUACAACUUGAAGGCUCCCAAAUCGUGGAGACUUCGUCAUACGUAUACCUCGGACGUUCUAUGAACAUGGAAAACGACUUGAAGGAAGAACUGAAUAGAAGAAUGAGAGCAGCAUCAGCAGCAUUCGCAGCUGUCAGGGAUGCCACGAACCAGAAUCUUCGUGCCCAUCGAGUUCGAGUCGACACACUCUGUUACGCAGCGGAGAAGUGGGCAGACACUGCUGCCACGUCUAGGAAGCUACUUACUACCCACAGAGCCCUUGAGAGAUGUCUUCUGAAGUUUAACCGGCGCACACAACACCGAGCCGGUCUUCGCAGCUCCGCCUUAAGAGGAAUGUCCCAUCUUCGCGACCCAGCGGAAUAUGUAUCGAAAGCAAAACAUAGAUGGGCCGGUCACAUUAUGAUAAGAAUCUGCUGCGGAUGGACCAAAGAACGUGGGUUGUGCCUAUACGGAGUCGUAGAUUAUAGAGAGAAGGGUGAUUCCGUCUAUUCCUUCCUAAAAAAAACGGUCCUGAAGACACUUCGAGCGUCCCAGCGCGCUAUUUUCUACAGGGAGUACUGGGCGGAGCUAUCCAGCACGAAAGGCGGAGCAGUCUCGCGGCUGGGCUCAUAA